AUGGACCAAUUGACUACUGGAGAACAGCAGGAGAUUGUCAAGCGACUGCAGAAUCAAUUGAAUUUCAAUCGCGAACAUCCCUUUGGAGUUUCACUGUUGGCACUGGACAACCAAUACAAUCGUCGACUCUUUCCCAACGGACCUUUUGGAACUAUUGAUGUUGCCGAGUCGGAUUGCCUCCAUGGAAGUUGUCCCCACUAUUCCAAACAAGCAGAUGUGAAGUUGGAAAAUGCCAGAAAGACUCCCAUUCAUAUUCUGAUUCCUGCCUUUAGAGAUAAGUUAUGUUCUCGGACAUUGCAUUAUGCCUUUACGCAGGCAGAAAAUCCAUCGCGACUGUUUAUUCGUGUGAUUGAUCAGGUCCAACCACGAUCAGAUCUGGAAGACGACGCUGGGUGCUGGGAACUAUAUUGUGAAAAGCACAAUCGUAAUUGCAAAGAGUACGGAUCGCAAGUCCGAAUUGUCAAGAUUGAUUCGGCUCAAUCAAUGGGCCCAACCUAUGCUCGGUCGAAAUUGUCUGCCAUGGUUCAUUGGGAUUACAUCUAUCGUAAUGAGUCUGAUGAGAUUGAUCUGCAGCCUGUCAAUGAACAAGAUUUCUGUAUGAAUAUCCACAGUCGCAUGAAUUUCAGCAAGCGCUUUGACACACGUCUGAUUGAAAUGCAUCAUCGUACCAAGAAUGAUUAUGGCGUCUUGAGCACCCAUGUUACAGGGAUGGAAUCCAACGACCAAGAUGGACGAAUCGUCCCCAACAUGUGUACGGUGGCCUUUACUGAGAGCAUUCAUCAUUGGGGAACGAAACAAUGCAGCUUCCUUACCCGUCCAAAGCUGACCAAUGCCAUGUGGGGAGCUGGUUUGAGUUUUCAGAGAUGUCAUGGAGAACUUGUUGUUCCUACCGAUCCGUUUUUGGACAAUGCAUUUGACGGCGAAGAGGUUAGCCGUGGGAUUCGAUUCUUUACCCAUGGAUACGAUAUGUAUACUCCAGACAUUGUCUUGGUAAGUCACGAUUACAGCACCGAUGCAGAAAAUCUAGUGAUGGGAGUAAAGCCUCGUCACGAUGAAGACGACAGCGAAGAAGAGGAUGAAGAAAAGGACUUGAGUCUGGGCAAAAGCGCAUGGAAAUGGGUUGAAGAAAUCGAGAAGUCCCGUCUCGGGCUCGCUGUGUUUGGUACAGAUCGAGUCAAUAUGCUUUUGGGAAUAGGAUCCCAUCACAACAAUACGGAACAAGAACGCAAAGAGCUGGACUUGAUCCGCAACUCUCGUUUUGGUCUGGGGACGAAGCGAACGAUGGAUCAAGUUAGAGAAUUCACUGGAAUCGAUCUGCUGAAUAAGAAAAUGGAAUGCAACAAGUGUGGCAACAACUAUUGGGUUCCGUUUGAAGAGUCUCCCAACUAUGGCGUACAGGAGCUUCUAGAGCGAGGAAACAUUGGUAAGGCACAGCGGCAGAAAACGGAUGUUGUUGUAGAGGAGCCAAAUAGAGAAGGCCAACGGGAACAGAAAAUCGAACAGUUUCAAGGACUGGUUCAAGGAAUAAUGGGAAACGAUGGUGCUAUACAAACCGAAUGCACAUCUGAAUUCCGUCGAUUGCUCAGUAUCGAGAAGAACCCACCUAUCCAACAAGUUAUUGAUGCCGGGGUAGUACCUCGUUUUGUUGAGUUCCUCCAGCGCGAUGACAGCCCAGCAUUGCAAUUCGAAGCUGCUUGGGCACUGACCAAUAUUGCAUCCGGAACUCGUAAACACACAAAGCUGGUUACGGAAGUUGGCGCCGUUCCAAUCUUCGUCCGCCUUCUAACGAGUCCAAACGCCGAUGUUCGUGAACAAGCUGUUUGGGCACUCGGAAACAUUGCAGGUGACUCACCACCAUAUCGCGAUUUUGUGCUUCAAGCUGGCGCAAUGGAGCCUCUGCUUCAGCAACUUCACCAAAAAUCCAACCUUUCAAUGCUAAGGAAUGCUAUCUGGGCACUUUCCAACUUUUGCCGUGGAAAGCCACAGCCAGAUUUUGAAAUUGUCCGACCCGCCCUUCCUAUUCUGUCGCAACUGAUGUUCAGUGGGGACGAAGAGGUUUUGACUGAUACCUGUUGGGCCCUUGCCUAUUUAUCUGGUGGCCCCAACGAUAAAAUCCAAGCAGUCAUUGAUGCUGGGGUAGUCCGUCGUCUUGUCGAACUCCUCCUCCACCCUUCUCCCUCAGUUCAAAGACCUGCUCUAUGCACAGUCGGAAAUAUUGCAACUGGAAACGAGACUCAAAAUCAACUAAUCAUCAACGACGAUGUCCUUCCUAAUUUGUUGGCUCUUCUGUCGAGUCCCAAAACGAAGAUCAGAAGGGAGGCAUGCUGGGCCCUCUCCAAUAUUCUCGCAGGAAACCAGGAACAAAUCCAAGCUGUCAUUGAAAGCAAUAUCAUCCCUCCCCUUAUUCAAUUGCUCACUAAUGGUGAAUUCGAGAUUCGAAAAGAAGCAGCUUGGGCAAUUUCAAAUGCAAGUUCAGGUGGAAAUAGCCAACAAAUCAAAUUUCUUGUCCAACAGGGUUGCAUCCGACCACUCUGUGAUUUAUUGACCGUAAACGACCCAAAGCUUGUAACUACUCUUCUUGAGGGCUUGGAGAACAUCCUAAAGGCCGGGGAAGAGGAAGCGAAUGCAUCUAAUGGGCAGAAUCAAAUGGCCGUACUCAUCUCAGAAGCUGAGGGUUUAAAAAAAAUUGAAGACCUCCGACAACGCUCCAAUGAUGAUAUCUAUGAGAAGUGUAUCGAGAUUAUGGAGACUUACUUUGGUGUAAAGGAGGAAGAAGAAACGAAUUCGCUUGCACCAAAUACUAGGGAGCCCCGUUCAGCAUUAUAG